UAUUGACUUGUAAUGGAAUUGGAUUGUGAGCACCACUUGCAGCAAGGGUUUUAUAUAUUUCUUUUUUGCGCGCAGAGAGAGAGAGACAGAGGAGAAGAAAAGAGAUUUGAAUUGAGUGGUAUUCCAACGUCGAAAGCACAGAGGAGACAGAACACCAAGAACUGGUGUGUGUGUCCAUUGAUAUGAGAAAUUGGGUGCUGCAAUUAAUUCAGUUUUGCGGCGGCUGGUGUUGUUGGAAGAAUAUAGGAACAACUUCUUUCGUGUAAUCAUCUAAUCAAGGAAUAACAAGGCACCUCAUUGACUGCAGAAGUUGUUUAAAUGGCUAGAGUUUGCUGGCCAUAUUUUGAUCCUGAGUAUGAGAACUUCAGCAACAAAAUCAAUCCUCCAAGGGUCUCAGUGGACAAUGAUAGUUGUCGUGAUUGUACGUUGAUCAAGGUUGAUAGUGUCAACAAACCGGGAAUUCUGCUCGAACUGGUUCAAAUCUUGACAGAUCUUGACUUCAUUAUUACCAAAGCUUACAUAUCUUCUGAUGGGGGAUGGUUUAUGGAUGUAUUUCAUGUCACGGACCAGCAAGGAAAAAAGAUAACAGAUAGCAAAACCAUUGACUUCAUUGAAAAGGUUCUAGGACCAAAGAGCAAGAGCACAACAGAAGGGGUGAAGAAUUGGCCAGGGGAACGAGUCGGAGUGCAUUCUGUUGGUGACCACACAGCCAUUGAGCUCAUCGGCAGAGACCGCCCCGGUCUCUUAUCUGAGAUCUCAGCUGUCAUUGCCAACCUCAACUUCAAUGUGCUUGCAGCUGAAGUUUGGACUCAUAAUAGCCGAAUUGCUUGCGUCCUUUAUGUCAACGAUGUUACAGCACAAUCCAUGUGUGAUCCAAACAGGUUAUCACUCAUGGAGGAACAGCUCAACAACAUCCUACGAGGGUGUGAUGAGGAUGGUGAGAGUGUUUCAAGGACCAGCUUGUCCAUGGGAUUCACCCACAUGGACAGGCGGCUUCACCAAAUGUUGUCAGCGGAUCGGGAUUAUGAGAGUUCUGGAGCAAUAUCAGGUGUUGAUGUUACUCCCUCUUUCAGGCCUAAAAUCUCAAUAGUAGGUUGUGAGGAGAAAGGGUAUUCUGUGGUUAGUGUCAGGUGCAAAGAUAGGGCAAAGCUCAUGUUUGACAUUGUUUGCACUCUUACUGAUAUGCAGUAUGCUGUCUUCCAUGCCACAAUACUAUCAGAGGGCCCUUAUGCAUCCCAGGAGUACUUUAUUCGGCAUAUGGACGGAUGCACGCUUGAUACCGAAGGAGAGAAAGAAAGGGUCAUCAAAUGCAUUGAAGCUGCUAUUCGAAGAAGAGUAAGCGAGGGAGUGAGCCUUGAGCUAUGUGCAAAGGAUAGAGUGGGGUUGCUAUCCGAUGUAACAAGGAUUCUCCGAGAGAAUGGCCUAACGGUUUGCAGGGCAGGUAUAUCAACAAGAGGGGAGCAAGCCCUGAAUGUGUUCUAUGUGAGGGAUGCGUCGGGGAAGCCGGUGGAUAUGAAGACCAUGGAAGUGCUUCGAAAAGAAAUAGGGAAGACAAUGAUGGUGGAUGUGAAGAGAGUGCCAAGCAAUGACAAAGUACCAGAAGAGACAAGAGAAUGGGCUAAAACCAGCUUCUUCUUUGGUAAAUUGUUGGAAAGGUUCUUGACUUAGAGAACUAUGAUGAUAAUCAUGCCAUGCAUCUUUGUGGUUGCUUUGUGAAAGUCACUUCACAAUGUAUAGAAGAAGAAGAAUAAAGUUGUGGUUGUGUCUCAAACAUGGGGCAAUGCUAGGACUUUGAUGAUCCUUUCUUAUUAGAACAAUGUUUGUUGUUUAUAUUCCACCUUUCAUAGCUUCCCCUUCUCUCAUGUAUCCUAUUUCUAUUUUCUGACCCUUUCAUUGAUUGUGAAGUUUCUUAUAUGUCAAUAGAAUGGUAGAAAGCGAAAAAAGUACGUUAGAUC